UCCUCUUCAGUGACUGAACAUCCAAAACCCUCAGCGAUGAUGUCUCGAUACGCUGCAUUUGUUUUCUUCUUGUAUUUCGGAGUUGUGUCUCAUGGCAUUGAGGUUGAAGUCAAGAAUGACGACAAGUUGUGUCUUUAUGCCAAUCUGACCGUCAGCUUCUCAGUCACCUAUGAAAUUGCUGAUAACAAGAACAAAACUGUUUCAUUUGAGCUUCCUGCCAAUGCAUCAUCAAAAGGCAGCCAUUGCAGCGACAUAAACUCUGCUCUGAAGCUCAGCUUUCUGGACGGACACUCCUGGAGUGUGAAUUUCUCCCUGAAAGACAAAAACUACCAGGCAGACACCAUGACCUUCGUUUACAACCUCAACGACUCAAAAGUCUUCCCGGAUUCUUCAUCCAAUGAAACUGUCACCGUGACAACAAAGCCUGACAUUACAGACGUCGGCGUGAACACGUCCUACUCGUGCAAAAGUAAAGACACGCUCGUCGCUUCGCUCCAGGCCAACAUGACUCUGUCGGACGUGCUCAUUCAGGCCUUCAUCGUCGGCGGCAACAGGAGCAAGAACCUAACAACCUGCCCUGCGGACACACCCGUCACUCCCACUCCCACUCAUGUCACUAACGCCACCACUGUGGCGCCGGUCACUAACGCCACCACUGUGGCGCCGGUCACUAACGCCACCACUGUGGCACCCCCCACCACCCCCACUCCCACUCUGCCCACUCCCACCGUGGGGAAUUACUCCAUCAGGCACGACGCCAACAGCACGGCCUGCCUGCUGGCCAACUUCGGCCUGAGGAUCGGCUUCACUCAGAACAAGAAGUAUCAGGAGGUGAACUUUGACCCUCCGACUGAAGUUUCUGGAAGCUGUGGAGUCGACAACAGCGAGCUCAUCCUGGUGUCCAACAACAUCACCGUUUCCCUCUCAUUCUACAAUGACACAAAGAAAUUCCGCCUCCAUGCAGUGAACGUCACCAUCAACUCCAGCUCCGGGGUUUUUGCUCAGAGCAGCGCCAACCUGAGUCUGUGGGAGGCGGCGGUGGGAAGCUCCUACAUGUGCAACAAGGAGCAGAACUUCACAAUCACCAGCCUGCUCUCCUUCUACACCUUCAGCCUGCAUGUGCAGCCGUUCGGCGUGAAGAACGGCCUCUACAGCACAGCCCAUGAAUGUUCAUUGGAUGACCCCAGCAUCUUAAUCCCAAUCAUUGUUGGUGCUGCUCUGGCUGGCUUGAUUCUCAUUGUAGUGAUCGCUUACGUGAUUGGUCGAAGAAAGACCCAUGCUGGAUAUCAGACCCUUUAAAUCCAGCGUGCGUUCGCUCCUCACAUGUCACGGGAUUCCCAAGCCUGGUCCUUGGGUUUGAUCUGGCAAAUCUAUUUAAGAUUGAAAAAUCAUUUUAGUAUCAGCUGGUGAUAAAAUUAAGUAGAAGAGAAAAAACUUGAUUAAAUUGAAUCGGCCCAAAGAUGAAUUUGAUGUUUUCCUCAAGGACCAAACUUGUUUCUCCCCUGGUUCGGUUUGUUUUUGUCCUUCCCAUUUUGCUUCUUGUUAAUGCUAAAGUUCAGGUGAACAGCAAAGCUCGUUUUCUGUGUGCAGAAACGCCUGAAGAUUUAUGACCUCUGGUCAGUUCGUCUAGUUUUUCACACGAGAUCUUCAGCUUUUAUGAUCCUGCACUUUGCUCAGCACACAUUCCCUCCCUCGUUUUGUUUUGUUCUUUAUGGUUUUUCUUUUCACCCCAAUAAUUAUCAAAUCGAAAUAUUCAAGCUGCUUUCUGUGUCCAUUUCCAGAAUUUCACUAACACGGGUGAGUGAGGUGGGUUUCGGACCCGUGUUGAUCCCUGUAGAGCAGGAGAAGUCUUUGGAUUUAUUUCAGACUUUGAGGCUCUGUUCAUGUUAUCAGAGCAUAAGGAAAUAUCGGGGUCAUUAUAGAUUAAAAAGGAAGUAAUAACUGACCACAGAGGACUGAAUUGUCAAAAAAACUCUUUUGUAGAAUAAUUUCACAUAUUUACAAGAGAACUUGGAUAUUCUCAAAUGUCCAACAUAAAUUUGCAAAAAA